GUAGGCCUACAUAUAGCAGUUCACACACACACACAAACACACACACACACACACACACACGUUAUUUGCAAAAGGGGGAGAAGACAAAAACAGGUGCGUUGCUUUGACAACCAGCGCAACAACGUUCGAUGUCAUUAGCAACCAAACUAGCGUUCGGACCUGAAGGCUUUGGUUAGCUGUUAUGUUGGCUAGCAAGACGUUUGAAACGCCAGAUAACGUUAAAAUAACUCAUAUCUGCGCUAUAUCGUCGUUUAUUUAAUAAACAAUGGACUCAAAUUCAUUAUACUAUUCUUUGGAACUCGUCGCCGGUAGCGGAAGUACUUUAAACGUCGAGCAAAGAACCGCUCUGCAGACGUCCCUGGUGAUCCUGAAAAAAAACUACAAGUUCCGUCGAGUCUUGUUUUGGGGGAAAAUAUUGGGAUUAAAGGAAGAUUAUUUCAUCGCUCAGGGGAGAGGAGAAGAUGAGAUGCAGGAUAAAAAGACUUUGUAUAGCUUCAACUGCAUGGACUGGUUGCUGCUCCCCCCUGCCACAGACUCUAUGAUCGAGGAAGUGUCCAAAUCAGCAAAGGGUCGCUUCGUAGGAGACCCCUCAUAUGUGUACGAGCAUUUUGAGAUCCGCAGGCAAGGAGGGAGGGAUGACGCUUUACAGAAGGAGGAGAUCAAAGUGAAUGAGGAGAGCAGGCUGGCAGUGACAGUUCAUCAGAUCGACAAGGAAGCGUCUGUGGUGCCGCGUGGGGCCUUCAUCAAGAGUCCACAUGGCCUUGUCCAGGUCAACCGCAGCUUUGGUGGUCUGUCUCACGCAGAAGCUGGGAAGCUUGACAACUUCUUUCACUUCAGCGAAGCAAAGAAUUUGAAGAAGAAAUCCAUCCUGGAAAUGAGUGACUUAAAUCCAGCUAUCGAUUUCCUGGAUGUACUGAGUGACGACAUUCCUAAAGGAUCAUGGAGUCUUCAGCUUGAAUGUGCCAGCAGAGUGCUUGUGCUUCGCAGCCUGUUGUGGCUCGGCCUGACCUUCUACCAUGUGCCGAUGACGCCACAGCAUGGAUACAUCUACAUCGGAGAUGGGACCAAGAAUUUGGACCUUCCCUUCAUGCUAUAAAAAAAAAAAAGACAUCUUAUACCUAUUUCACUUUGAAUUCUCUAGGUCUCUGUUGUUCUCAUGCCUCAACAUGUAUUCUAUGUAACGUAUUCUAGGACUUUGUAUUGAUCUUAUGAAACAAAUUAACUAAAGAGGUACAGUCAUG